GUCUGGACUGCAUAUAAAAGCACGACGGCAUCUGCUGAGCAAGAACUUAAGCAAGAUUCCCUGUCGUUUCCCACCCAAACACAACGUUGACAAUCUCCGAGACAAUCAGUAUCAUUCUCAGUGUUCGAAAUGGUCUACAAACAGCUGUUCAUCAACAAUGAAUACGUCGAUGCCACAUCGGGCGAGACUCUGAGCAUCUACAAUCCGCAUGACGAAAGUCUCGUGGCAGAUGGGAUCCAAGUAGCAUCGCAAGAGGAUGUUGACAAGGCGGUCGCGGCCGCUCGCGCGGCGUUUAAAGGCGAAUGGUCCGAAUGGACGCCGCAACAGCGCAGCAAGGCGAUGCUGAAGCUCGCAGAUCUUACCGACAAGCAUGCUGAAGAGCUUGCUUUGUGGGAAGUGAAGAGCAUGGGUCAGCCCAUCUUCCAAGCCAAGGCCCUUUAUGGUUUUUUUGGCAUGGUUUUUAGGUACUACGCCGGCUGGACAGAUAAGCUUCCAGGAGAGGCCUGGUCCGAGAACGAACAGGGCUUAUACAAGAUCGUUCAAUAUGAUCCUAUUGGUGUGUGCGCCGGCAUCGGUGCAUGGAAUGGCUCCUCGAUCUUCUUCGCUUACAAGACUGCCACUGCCUUAGCUGCCGGGUGCACCAUCAUCUACAAAGCCUCCGAAAAGAGUCCCAUUGGAGUGCUGCAGCUCGGACAACUCAUUAAAGAAGCUGGCUUCCCGCCUGGUGUUCUUAACAUCGUCACCGGUGACGGCAAGGUCGGUGCCGCACUGGCGUCUCACAUGGACAUUAACAAGAUAUCUUUUACUGGAUCGGCCUUCGCUGGAAAGAAGGUUCAGGAGCUUGCUGCGAAGAGCAACCUCAAGCGUGUGACCCUCGAGCUAGGCGGCAAGUCGCCCAGUCUGAUUUUCCCAGAUGCUAACCUUGAGAAUGCCCUUACGCACCACAGUCAGAGCUUUCUCAUCAACUCCGGUCAGGCAUGCGUUGCUUCAUCUCGUACCUUUGUCCACGAAGACAUUGCAGAGAAGUUCAUCGGAGAACUCAAGACGCGAUUUGAGCAGCUUUCUCACACCAUGGGACAGCCCACCGAUUCGAACACGUUCUUGGGCCCACUCGCCGAUGAUAAACAGUUCGAACGUGUAAUGAGCUUCCUUGACAUUGGUAAGGAAGAAGCAGAGCUCCUAACAGGAGGUGCAAGGCACGGUGACAGUGGAUGGUAUGUCCAACCGACCAUCUUCCUGAACCCGAAGGACGAUGCAAGGAUCUACCGUGAAGAGAUCUUUGGCCCUGUUCUCACAAUACGUACAUUCAAGACCGAAGAGGAGGCGAUCAAGCUGGCCAACGACACCAGCUUCGGUCUUGCUGCCUAUAUCUUCACAGCAUCCAUCCCACGAGCUUUGCGCAUUGCUAAGCACCUCGAUGCUGGCAACGUGAACAUCAACACAACGCAGACGCUCGGCCCGAAUGUACCCUUCGGCGGAUUCAAGGAGUCUGGCAUUGGGCGUGAGGGCGGUCGCCAGGGUCUGAUGAACUACGUCGAGGCGAAGACUAUCUCCAUCAACAUGCUUGCUUGAUGUGAGAGAUAUUGACUAUGUAGCCGGCUCUUUUAGAAAAGCAAUAACAAGUCAACGACUGGGAGCUGUCAAUACCAGUCAUUCGUUCA